GCGUGACACGUCGGGGAGGCCACCCUCAGCAAGACCACCGUACGGUUGGUGGAAGGGGUGACAGCUGCAUUCUCCUGUGCCUACCACGUAACCAAAAAUGAAGGAGAACUACUGUUUACAAGCCGCCCUGGUGUGCCUGGGCAUGCUGUGCCACAGCCAGGCCUUUGCCCCAGAGCGGCGGGGGCACCUGCGGCCCUCCUUCCAUGGGCACCAUGAGAAGGGCAAGGAGGGGCAGGUGCUACAGCGCUCCAAGCGUGGCUGGGUCUGGAACCAGUUCUUCGUGAUAGAGGAGUACACCGGGCCUGACCCCGUGCUUGUGGGCAGGCUUCAUUCAGAUAUUGACUCUGGUGAUGGGAACAUUAAAUACAUUCUCUCAGGGGAAGGAGCUGGAACCAUUUUUGUGAUUGAUGACAAAUCAGGGAACAUUCAUGCCACCAAGACGUUGGAUCGAGAAGAGAGAGCCCAGUACACGUUGAUGGCUCAGGCGGUGGACAGGGACACCAACCGGCCACUGGAGCCACCGUCGGAAUUCAUUGUCAAGGUCCAGGACAUUAAUGACAACCCUCCGGAGUUCCUGCACGAGACCUAUCAUGCCAACGUGCCUGAGAGGUCCAAUGUGGGAACGUCAGUGAUCCAGGUGACAGCUUCAGAUGCAGAUGACCCCACUUAUGGAAAUAGCGCCAAGUUAGUGUACAGUAUCCUCGAAGGACAACCCUAUUUUUCGGUGGAAGCACAGACAGGUAUCAUCAGAACAGCCCUACCCAACAUGGACAGGGAGGCCAAGGAGGAGUACCACGUGGUGAUCCAGGCCAAGGACAUGGGUGGACAUAUGGGCGGACUCUCAGGGACAACCAAAGUGACUAUCACACUGACCGAUGUCAAUGACAACCCACCAAAGUUUCCGCAGAGCGUAUACCAGAUGUCUGUGUCAGAAGCAGCCGUCCCUGGGGAGGAAGUAGGAAGAGUGAAAGCUAAAGAUCCAGACAUUGGAGAAAAUGGCUUAGUCACAUACAAUAUUGUUGAUGGAGAUGGUAUGGAAUCGUUUGAAAUCACAACGGACUAUGAAACACAGGAGGGGGUGAUAAAGCUGAAAAAGCCUGUAGAUUUUGAAACCAAAAGAGCCUAUAGCUUGAAGGUAGAGGCAGCCAACGUGCACAUCGACCCGAAGUUUAUCAGCAAUGGUCCUUUCAAGGACACUGUGACCGUCAAGAUCGCAGUAGAAGAUGCUGAUGAGCCCCCUAUGUUCUUGGCCCCAAGUUACAUCCACGAAGUCCAAGAAAAUGCAGCUGCUGGCACCGUGGUUGGGAGAGUGCAUGCCAAAGACCCUGAUGCUGCCAACAGCCCGAUAAGGUAUUCCAUCGAUCGUCACACUGACCUCGACAGAUUUUUCACUAUUAAUCCAGAGGAUGGUUUUAUUAAAACUACAAAACCUCUGGAUAGAGAGGAAACAGCCUGGCUCAACAUCACUGUCUUUGCAGCAGAAAUCCACAAUCGGCAUCAGGAAGCCAAAGUCCCAGUGGCCAUUAGGGUCCUUGAUGUCAACGAUAAUGCUCCCAAGUUUGCUGCCCCUUAUGAAGGUUUCAUCUGUGAGAGUGAUCAGACCAAGCCACUUUCCAACCAGCCAAUUGUUACAAUUAGUGCAGAUGACAAGGAUGACACGGCCAAUGGACCAAGAUUUAUCUUCAGCCUACCCCCUGAAAUCAUUCACAAUCCAAAUUUCACAGUCAGAGACAACCGAGAUAACACAGCAGGCGUGUACGCCCGGCGUGGAGGGUUCAGUCGGCAGAAGCAGGACUUGUACCUUCUGCCCAUAGUGAUCAGCGAUGGGGGCAUCCCGCCCAUGAGUAGCACCAACACCCUCACCGUCAAAGUCUGCGGGUGCGACGUGAACGGGGCACUGCUCUCCUGCAACGCAGAGGCCUACAUUCUGAACGCCGGCCUGAGCACAGGCGCGCUGAUCGCCAUCCUCGCCUGCAUCGUCAUUCUCCUGGUCAUUGUAGUAUUGUUUGUGACCCUGAGAAGGCAAAAGAAAGAACCACUCAUUGUCUUUGAGGAAGAAGAUGUCCGUGAGAACAUCAUUACUUAUGAUGAUGAAGGGGGUGGGGAAGAAGACACAGAAGCCUUUGAUAUUGCCACCCUCCAGAAUCCUGAUGGUAUCAAUGGAUUUAUCCCCCGCAAAGACAUCAAACCUGAGUAUCAGUACAUGCCUAGACCUGGGCUCCGGCCAGCGCCCAACAGCGUGGAUGUCGAUGACUUCAUCAACACGAGAAUACAGGAGGCAGACAAUGACCCCACGGCUCCUCCUUAUGACUCCAUUCAAAUCUACGGUUAUGAAGGCAGGGGCUCAGUGGCCGGGUCCCUGAGCUCCCUAGAGUCGGCCACCACAGAUUCAGACUUGGACUAUGAUUAUCUACAGAACUGGGGACCUCGUUUUAAGAAACUAGCAGAUUUGUAUGGUUCCAAAGACACUUUUGAUGACGAUUCUUAACAAUAACGAUACAAAUUUGGCCUUAAGAACUGUGUCUGGCGUUCUCAAGAAUCUAGAAGAUGUGUAAACAGGUAUUUUUUUAAAUCAAGGAAAGGCUCAUUUAAAACAGGCAAAGUUUUACAGAGAGGAUACAUUUAAUAAAACUGCGAGGACAUCAAAGUGGUAAAUACUGUGAAAUACCUUUUCUCACAAAAAGGCAAAUAUUGAAGUUGUUUAUCAACUUCGCUAGAAAAAAAAACACUUGGCAUACAAAAUAUUUAAGUGAAGGAGAAGUCUAACGCUGAACUGACAAUGAAGGGAAAUUGUUUAUGUGUUAUGAACAUCCAAGUCUUUCUUCUUUUUUAAGUUGUCAAAGAAGCUUCCACAAAAUUAGAAAGGACAACAGUUCUGAGCUGUAAUUUCGCCUUAAACUCUGGACACUCUAUAUGUAGUGCAUUUUUAAACUUGAAAUAUAUAAUAUUCAGCCAGCUUAAACCCAUACAAUGUAUGUACAAUACAAUGUACAAUUAUGUCUCUUGAGCAUCAAUCUUGUUACUGCUGAUUCUUGUAAAUCUUUUUGCUUCUACUUUCAUCUUAAACUAAUACGUGCCAGAUAUAACUGUCUUGUUUCAGUGAGAGACACCCUAUUUCUAUGUCAUUUUUAAUGUAUCUAUUUGUACAAUUUUAAAGUUCUUAUUUUAGUAUACAUACAAAUAUCAGUAUUCUGACAUGUAAGAAAAUGUUACGGCAUCACACUUAUAUUUUAUGAACAUUGUACUGUUGCUUUAAUAUGAGCUUCAAUAUAAGAAGCAAUCUUUGAAAUAAAAAAAGAUUUUUUUUAAA